AUGUUUUUUGAUGAAUUAAAUAGUUGUGAAUUUUCAGUACAACAUGAAGGAUUAUGUAUUAGUAGAGUUCAAAAAUGCAUUUUAGUUGACAGACUUUUGUGCGUUGGUAUAGCUAAAUCUAUGCCUGUUUUUGAGAAAUUGACUUUAUCUGAUCAGAUUGCACAUCUAAGGCAGAUUUGUCAUUUGUUUACUUCAUUUACAAACACCUACCUAGCUUGGGAAUUAGGUUCUGAAACUUGGACACGUAAAGAUAAUGUUAUGCCUGUUCUUGGUAUUAUGAAUAAUAGUGAAUAUUCACAUGAUGAAAAGUAA